GGCGAGUGCGAACGCGUCGAGAGGCAAGAGCGUAUAGUAAGUAAGUACGCGCGAAGCAACGUGCUGCGAGUUAGUGGUGCGCAUGCCUCUCGCGCUGAGCACUACAAACGGCAGGAAUAGCGUUUUAGAAUCUCAGUAUCCUAGUUAACUUGGGCAAGCGCACGGAUCGUGUGGUACCCAAGUGGGCUGCGACUGUAAAAUUCAAAACGCCCGACGACGGAAAAGAGCCGCGUGUCGCGACUUCUUCGCACUUUCGAUUUUAUUUAUUGGCAAAACUCGCGACGCGACGCAUCUUCGGCGCUAAACGCUAAACUUUGCGCGAAAAGUUUCAAAGUUUAGUAUUUUUUAAAUAAAGUUUAUAAAGUUUACUCGGUGCAUCACGAAAACUUUUUGCUUUUUGGAUUUGAUUGGACUUAUUUAUCUGUGACCAGUGCUUGGAUUUUAAUUUUUAAAUAGUUUUCAUAAAAGUUUUGUAAAACAGUGAAGAUUUGACUCCGGAAAGGUUCUAAUACGCAUCUAAUACGAAAUUGGAAAGUGCGUGUGCGUGCGCCCGGACUUAAUUAAAACAUAGACUUUGUAAUAUUUUGGGAGUGAAAGUGGUAGAGUGAAAGUUGGAACCCAUUGUUGAAAAUUCAAAUUCAGCGCGUGUUCGACACGCACUUUUGGACUAACUGAGGAUCGCACCAGUACACCAGUACAAAUAAAAAAAUUUUGAAUUGAAAUUUUGAACGGGCGAGAAUUUCCAAUGCAAAGAUGGACUCGCCACAGAUGUAUGACAAUCAGCAGCAUAAUCAAGCGGCGCAGGCGAUAAACAACAGCGAGGUGAAGAAGACGGUCAUCAUGAACAACAAUAAUCUGACAACGCUGAACAACAACACCGGCAACAAGCAGACCGCACAGCUGCUCAAGCAACACCAGCACCAGCAGCACUUCACCCAUGGCGACCUCAACGACCUUAACAGCCCCGAGAUCUCGAUGGACUUGGCAAACCUCAUCGACGACUCGCAGUUUAGCGAUGGCCUGUUUAACGACAUCCUGCAGAAUCAGGGCAAGCACUUGCAGAACAUCCCCAGACAGGUAAUGACACAUGUUCCAAACCAAAAUUACCCUCGAACAACGCUGGCGUACAUGCCGCAGCCGGUGCAUAGCGGAGCCACAUAUUCUGGGGUCCAAAACUCGAAUAGUGACUCGAACAGCUCCGCCGGCAGCGACGUGCCUAGUAUUAAAGAGGAACCCAUUGAUCCACAGGAAUUCCGCCGGCAGUGCAAUAACAUGCUGCCGAAUAACUACCUGCAGGCCCCAGCUGGUUACCCGAACGCCAAUGGCGGCUCCUUCACCACGCUCACGCCCAGCACCGUGCUGCACCACCAGCAGAUGAACAUGAGCGCCAUGAAGACCAAGGCCGCCAUGUUGAGCCACCAUCAUGUGGCGCGCAAGGGGAUGAAGCCCUGCGACAAGAACAGCGAUGAGUAUCGGCGGCGGCGCGAGCGCAACAACAUUGCUGUGCGCAAGAGCAGGGAGAAGGCGAAGGUGCGCACGCGAGAGACCGAGGAGAAGGUGAAGCUGCUGCUCAAAGAGAACGACCGCCUGCAGAAGCGCAUUGAAUUACUGAUGGAGGAGCUGAAUGUCCUGCGGAACCUCUUCUCGAACGUCGGCGUCCUCCCCGAGCACAUUCAUCGAGAAAUCAAUAAACAUCUAGACGCCUUCCCCGUACAGCACAAUAUGGCUGAGGAGAGGCAAAGAAUAAUGGACAUCGUGCAUGACUACGGGCCGUAAUCCACGACUUAUCUCUCAUUUGUCUCGCGUUUGUUUCACUUUUAACACAUGUACGCAACGCGCAUGCGCGAACACCGAAAGCUUUAAUUCGCGACUUGUUGCUAUCAUCGACGUAGACUUCAAGUAGUAGACUUAAGGCAUUCUUCAUCCAUGUGACGCCCCAAGAGGACGGAUAGUUUCUUCUUUGUACAUAGAAAAAUAUUCAGCUCACACUUCAUACACGCGCGUAACGCUGGCUGCGGACCAGAACCACUCUGCGCUAUUUGAAACAAUUUAGAUCUCCUUAAAUAAUAAAGUGUUCUUAAAUGCAAAUGAAACAAUUUACAAUACAUAAACAAAUAUAUAAAAUAUUUAUUGAAGGAAAACAAAUCAAACAAAGUUAACAAUACUAAAAAUGUUACAACAACAGCUGCAAGAAAACGAAAUUUCAAAGAAAAGAAAAAAACAAGAAAAGUUGUUGAAAAGGCUUUGUUGUUGUUGUUGUUUUUGUUCUGUACGAAUGCGAUUGUUGUAAUGUUAUAAAUAUUUAUUUUAUAGUUUUGUGUUUAACGGGUAUUAAAAUACAAUUUAAUUAGAAUUUAUUCCGUUCGAUACUUGUGAUGAUAAUUAAAUAUAUAAAUAUAUAUAUAGAGAAAUCGAUGAAAUAUAUACAGAUGCUGAGAUGAUAAGAAAUAUUGUAUUUAUAAAAUAUAUGAAAUAUAUUUUUUAAAGUAAUUUACGAGAGAUGAGAGAAUUACGCAAGUACGUAAAAACCUGAGUAAGCAAAUUAAAACUUUAAACUAUAAAAAAUGAAAAACGAAAGGAACGCAACGCGUUUUUGUCUCUACUUUUUCGUUUCUUGUUCUAGGUUCUUGAUCUAGGUAUAACCGAUCGACCGCGUUAUAUCUGAAUCGUUGUUGUAAUUUAUAUUUUCUUUAUGUAUAGUUCGAUUGACUUUAAGAAUAAAUGUAAUAGUUGUAUAUUA